UAUAGUUCUAUUGCAUUGCAUCUUCCGCUUACAAGCCAGAACACAUAAUAAUCGUGCCCGAGAAUUGCUGUUGUAAGACCCAUCCAGCUUUUUCUUACACUACAUAAAAUCAUGGGAUUGGAUUUACAUUGUUGUCUUGUUCAGACAAACUGUAUUACGUUGUUGUCUUGUUCAUAUUUGACAAACAAGUAGUUUCUUCUCUCUAUCAAAAAAAAAAGUAGUUUCUAUAAUUAUAUGGUUUUAUUGCAUUGUACAAGAUGGAAGAAGCUAUUUCGAUUACAGAGCUAAGCAGUGACGUACAUGGUGUUGAAAAGAAAAACAUGAGAAAACUUUCAUUUCACUUGCUUAUGAACUCCCCUCAAAUCUCAAUCAAAUGAAGCUUAAUGGGUUUUUCCGCCGACAUCCCUUCGAAUCAUCUGGGCUUUCGUUCUAUUCAUGUGUUUACAAUCUGAGUGACAAAAGUUGAGUGCUUUCUUUCAAUGGGGGAAAUGAACCACUACAUUAAUCUCUACCCAGAAAACAAUUUUGAGAACCCACAUGAAACCCAGCUCUCAGACCUCAAUCUGAGGCUCUCUCUGGGUGGUAUUUAUGGUGGGAACUUAAAGAAGAAACCUUUUACAAGAUCAGUCCCUGAAUUGAUAACCCACAACAAUGGUACCAUUGAACUUGGUAAUUUUCUCUCCUUAGAGGCAUCUGGGUCAAUGCCAAAUGAAGAAGAGGGACAACAGAGGAGGAAAAUGAAGCUGAAUGGGUUGCAGCACAUUGAGGCACAGAGUAAGAGAGGUAAUGCUGGGGAGAAAAAGUCUAUUAAGGCAAAUAAAGCACUGCCUCCGCCCUCAUCGAGGUUUAAAAUAACAUGGUUGGCAAUAGCUUCGGCGGAAAAUAACCCUGCAUUCAAUCGUGCAUUAGCUAGAAUCAAGGCUGGAGAAGCAUACAUGACCCACAGAAGACGAAGAAUAAAAGCACAUAGAAAGAUAAAUACUUCAAUUGGAGAAGCCAACAAAGAAACUAACCUCUCCCCAGAUGCCAUUGAUAGUAUUUGUGACAACAAGAAAACCAAAGAAACCCAAUUAUCCCAACAGGAGCAAGCUGAACGCUCUGACCUCAAUCUUGGUCUCUCUUUGCGAAGCAUUUGCGAUGAGAACUUCAAGGGAAAACCUGUUACUUGCCCAUCAUCUGUGACUGGAAUUUUAACUCAGAGCAAAGAUAAUGGUGACCUUGGCACCUUUCUCUCUAUGGCUGGAUCUUGGUCCAUGCCAACCGAGGGCGAGCAAGAGCAAAGAAGGGCUAUAAAUUCGAGGGAGUCACAAAUUGAUUUCCAGAAUAGGUUGGGGAAAGAGGAAAACGGAGGAGACAAAGCGGGGAAAGAAAAGGCUUCUCUGGCUACUAAUAAUCUUCCGCCUGCACCAUCAUCGUCUAAAAUAACUACAUGGGCAGCUGCUUUUGUGGAGAAAAACCCUGCGUUGCAUCGUUCCUUAGCUAGAAUGAAGGAGAAAGAAGGAUGUAUGUUCCGCAAAAGACUACGCUUGGCCUAUUUAAAUAUGAACACUUGAACAAGAGAAGCAUACCAGGAAGCCAAUCUCUCUCCCUGAGAAACCAAUUCUAUAAUCAAGAACGAAGAGUCGAACACUCGGAUCUUAAUUGUAAGACUCUCUCUGGGUGCCAUUUGCGGUGAGUUCUCCAGAGACAAGCCUCUUACCAUUUCGUUGUCUGUGACCCUAUUGUUAAAUUAAGGUACCAGUGAACUGAAGAUAUCAACUGCCAAAUCUAAUCACAGAACACUACUUCAAUGCCUCUUCCCUGAGGAUUUAGCAGCUUAGAUGUCUCGUUUAAUUGCUCUGAAGUUGUUGGAAAACUUACAAGAAAGCUGGGGCGGAGGAAAUGGAGUCUGGACGUCAACUGAUGGUGACUGGAGCCUGGUGUUAGUUCCGCUCAUAGUGAUUCUCACACAACUGGUAAUGGAAUUUUCGUGGGUGUCGUAAUUUCCUUGUUUCCUCGUACAAUACAUUUGUGUUUGUCUUCCUAGAUUGUAACGCUUGCAUAUGUUGGUGAAGUCGAAUUCGUCUUACUAGUUUUUUUUUCACUGAAGAUGGAUCUGGUUUUGUGGUUGAAAUUUUUUACUUUUGCUGUCACUGUUUCGUAGUGUUCAUGUCAGUUUACGUGCUGAGGUUUUUCUCUUUGUUUUUGGUUGUUCUAGAUUUCAAAUUGAAUUUUCAUCUCUGAACAGUUGUUCCUGAAGCAAUCAAUUAAGGGUAGUGGUUAAUGAAUUAAAUACCAAAUGAAGUUAGGUACGGUACCUUAAGUGAGAAAUUGAUUAUUCUUGUGAAAUUAAUGACACAUAGUCGUCCUCUCGCCUAUCAUUUUUGCAUGUUACUUAAAAGUUAAAACUCAAUACAGCAGUCCUUUCAAAUAGAUAAUUGUAGGUCCUUUGAUUAAAAGCCUUCUGGUACUGGUUAUUUGGACUAUUAAUUGUUUUUUCUUUUUCAUCUUUUCUAAUUAGUUCAGUUAGAGACGGAAUGAGAUAUUCUCUUGGGUUUUUGCUCCUUAUAAUGUUUAGAAAUCUCAGUUUUCGGUUGACGGCUUUAAACUUGAUUGCGUUUAUUCAGUCAUAAUGAGCAUACAUCCUCCUUGAAAAGCUUGAAUAUGUGCUCAAGUUCAAUUUUAUUAAUUUGGAGAUUAUCUGUAUUUUUAUAUCAGGCACAGUUCUCUAAUCUCAUAUUUUAUGCUCCCUUUUGUCUAUCUUGCACACAUCAGCACAUAGAAAGAUAAAUAUGUUAAUGGGAGAAGCUAGUCCAGAAACCAACCUAUCCGCUGAAACAAUUGAUUGGCAUGCAGAUAAUCUUUUGCAUAGUUUCUCAGAGAAAAUCAAGCAAACCCCUUUAUCCUAUCAGGAGCAUCUUAAAUGCUCUGACCUCAAUCUUAGACUCUCUUUGUGUGGCAUUUAUGAGAACUUUAAGGAGAAACCUCUUAACCAACCAUCAUCGGUCACCAGAAUGGUGACCCUGAACAAAGAUUCCAGUGAACUUGGUAGCUUACUCUCCUUGGCAGGAUGUGGGUCAAUGCCAACCGAGGGAGAACAAUCUCAAAGAAAGGCAAUAAAGCCAUGCGAGUCACAAAUUGAGGCACCGGAUAGGUUGGGGAAACAAGGAAGCAGGGGAGACAAUGUUGGGAAAGAAAAUGCUUCUCAGGCAACUUCUGAGCUUCUACCUUCUUCGCCGUCUAAAAUAGCUGCAUGAGCAGUUGCUUUUGCGGAGGAAAAUCCUGCUUUGCAUCGUUCCUUAGCUAGAAUCAAGGCAAAAGAUGGAUGUAUGUUCCGCAAGAGAUUACGUCUUAUUGAAAGAUGAACACUUCAAUAAAAGAAGCAAAACAAUGAACAAGUCUCUGCCGGAAACAUUGAUGGGCGAACACAGAACCUUUUGCAUAGAUUUUCAUUGGAAGAAAAACCAUUUUAGGAUCAAGAAUAAUCUGAACAAUCGAACCUCUAUCUUAAACUGUCUUUGGAUGGCAUUUUUAUGAUAACUCCAAAGAUAAUGGUGAACUCAAUACUUUUCUCUCCCAGUAAGAUAUGGGAAUUUCCAAUUGAAGGAGAACAAGAGCAGAGGAAGGCGGUAGAAGCUGAAGGAAUUGUAGAUUGAGGCCUAGAAUAGGUUGUCGAAGCAGAGAAUAUGAGAGACAAUGUUGGAGAAGAAAGUCUCCAGUGGCAACUAUAAUAUAACGGCCACUUUUCCCAUAAAAAAAAUGGCAGCUUGGAAAGUUGCUUUCGGAAAGAAGAGCACUCACAUUGCAUCAUGCCUUAGGUAGAACCAAGUCAGGAGAUGGAUGUGCUUUCUGACAAGACCAUGCAUGGCAUCUGUUUAUGCUAAACAAGUGUAAAGAAUUCAGUUUCUUUGAAGAUUCUCAUCCACUUCAAGUUUGUAUCAAAACUGUGGCGAGGUCUUGUGGAAGAUGCACAUUUCAUUCAUUUUCAUUCAAACUGUCUGUUGUGGAAUCCAAUAAUUUAAUCUUUUACUCAGCGAUUGAACAGUCCUCUCGACGUUGCAACUUAUACUACUUAGUCAGCCUCAACUUCAAACAUAAAGGAAUACAUUAUUGCUUUUGAUCUUUACAAUGAAGAAUACAGUGAGGCGCCAUUGCUGGCAGACUGCAUUAAUCCUUGUUUGAAUAUUGGAGUCUUGGGUAGAUGCUUUACAAUGAUCAACUAUGAGACUACAACUAGAGGAACGAUCAUGUCCACGAUGUGUCCAGUGGCUUGUUCAGAGAAUGGUAACGACAUUCUCUCGGGCCACCAGGGUAAUGACUCUGCAUAUUAUUGCAAUAUAACGACAAAAGAAGCGACUGGUCUACUGAGGGUUUACGAUUAUCAGAACUUCUAGAACCCACAAGUUUUUCCAGAAGAUUAUUUAGCAGGAACAAGAGAAGCAGACCUUUUUUUUUUUUUUUUUUUUUUCUGUUAUUGUGUCAGUUCUUUGCCUCUUAAAGUAGAUAGCAAUACUAUAAGAUGUAAUAAUUUUCUUUGCCCUCCAAACAGACUGUGUAUGAAUAAGCAUCCAAACAAAAACUGCCA